AUGAAGAAUCCUCCAAAACGACCACAACAUAAUCCAUCCACUUUGGAUACUUUAGCUGGGAAGAAAAAAACUGACCAAACGGCUUUUGAGGUAAAAAUGCAGAAAACACCGUUGUUGGUUACGAGUGUGAACACCGUGUGAACAGCAAGCAAAAAGUAGAAAAAUUUAGAUUCUAUAUUUAAUUACGAAAUUAAUACCCGCUAUAUUUAAUUACGAAAUUAAUACCCGUUAGGUAAAAGUUACUACGAUUAGGCACAGUCAUUUCAGUAUAUGCUUACUACGCACAAAAGUCAAAAAAGCCUUUUCUCCAUAACACACAGUAUUUGCGUGGGUCGACUUAAAAUCCUUGUUUCAUUUGAAUUGUUUCAGGAAAUAGCAUGAAUUAUUGGCUGGAUUGAGCCGAGGGCUUAUUGCAAACCGUACCCUGUUUCAGAAGAAUUUAAGAUCAAAACGUCUACUCAGCACUUGAGCAAAGCAAAUUCCCACAAAGGGUCGAAUGAGCUGGAAUUUAUCAACAUUGUGCAAAUUAGCUUUGAAUAUGCUAGUGUCACAUCAGAGCCACCCUGCCAUCAGAGCCUUUCUUUCACUUUCUCGAUUUUGAUGUACUCGAAAAAGACUCGAAAAAUCGAGAAAAAUCUUUGUUAAGCGUGUGCUGCACGUUGCUAGGAUACUGUUUCGAACCCAGACCUAACAGCCUUGCGGUUGGUACAGCGGGCUCUGUUAUGAUCAUCGGUUUUGCGAAGAAAAAACCAGUUUGACGAGAGAAGACAAGAUUGACUGGUCCAAAAGUUCGGGUUGCGGCGAUUUCAAAGGAUUGACAUCAAUGUGAUUCAGGCAGGGCCUUCUUUUGUUCUCCUCACUCAAGAAAACAAAAGAAGGUUCUUCUCGCAGGGUGCAUCUGAGAGCCCCUUCAACAAUCCUCUCUAUUUUUUGUCUUCUCUCUUUCUCAAAACCCUCUACAUUCUUAGUUCUUGCUUCAGCAGUCUAUCUCAGCAGAAUGUAUAAAGUAUGUGUAUAGCAGCUCUGCUUUUAAAAGUACGCAAUAAAUUACUAUGGAACGGGGAGUUAUUGGCAGUAGAUCACUAUAGCAAGGGUAUUUAUUGGGACCUAGUAAACGCUAAUGUUUUGUUUACAUGUAAGAAAAGAAUAUUCAUUUGCCGCUUUUUGUUUUUUGCGUCUAGGGUGGCUGGAUCAUUGAACGACUUUUGUUGUUGUUUCUUUAAUUUUAAUUUCAAUGAUUUAAAAAAACCCAGGUAAUAAGACAACAUAACGAGUUUUUACUUCACAAGUGUUUUGUGCAGUAUGCAUUUAGAAGUAAGGUGAUUCACAAAAUGUUUAUACACUCCCGUUACAAUAGCUUUGCCGUUGGUAUUGAUAAUCAUUGAUUAUUGGUGACUACCACACGGUCCCCUCUCCGCUCGUGAAGGAGAUCAUUUAUAAGGUCAGUAAUUACAUACAGAAAGAAUUAAACAAGGUAGCGCUUUAUAACUUUCAUAAUAGGGAGCUUAAGCAACAGCGUUUUUGAGCGACUGAAGUCAACCGGAAGUGGACUUUUUGCAUCAUUGGGGAGUGGUUUGGUUGAAACUCUCGGGUAAAUCGUCUUUAAAGGAGAAAAGAAACUCAGCAAUACAAGUUUGUUAGCGUCAAGGCAUAUAAAAAGGGAGAAGGCCUCACUUCCGGUUGACGCGCGUCGCUCAAAAACGUCUUUGCUUAAGGUCCCCAAUGAUUGUAUAUUGGCCAGGUGACUGUUUCCAGUCACUAAAGAUGAAGCCGCAAGGAGUACCUUAGGACUCGAUCUUUAGCCCGUUGUUGAAAUGAUUCCCCGUCUGUGAGAACCACUGAGAAAAAAAGAUUUUUUUCUAACCUGAAAGGGAUUGAUGCAACCCUCCUCAAGGCUCUUCAACAUGUUUUGCAAGGUGCAGUUUCUUGGUGCUUCGCCAAUAAUCUAUUGAUGAACCGGGACAAGACUACGUUCUGCGUUUUCGGUCACUCACAAAUGCUAACAACAGCGAGGGUCCUCAAAAAGUUUUUCGGGAUCCGGGAUUUCCCUUAUUUGAAGCUCGGGAUUCGGGAUUUGAGAGUAAAAUCGGGAGGAGAUUCGGGAUUAAAAGUAUGGCAGGGAGGUGAGAUUCCAAAAAUAACGCUCGGGAUUACGGGAUUGCACGAAACUUUGGGUCGGGAUUACGGGGCCACUAAUCACAUUCGUUGGUUCCCGUAGGUAGGGGUGAUAGGGUUCUGCCGAUAUCAUGGUUGUUAAGAAUACAUAACUUACAGGCUGCUCAGUUGUGUAUACAAUGCGAAAAGGGAGAUUCUGGAAACCCCGGCUUAGACCCACACCCUCCACUAACACUCUAAAGACACCGUGACAGUGAAGGAGGUUGUUCUAACAGGAAGUACAAAUCGACGAGUAGAUGCGAUUAAUAGACUGAAGUAAAUACCUGACGUUUAGUGCAAGUUCUUUUUGUAUGAAAAAGUUGUUAUUGAAAACAAUUCCGUGUAAAAUAAUGAUAGCGUAUACUUUUGUUUGCGAAUUUACAACUUUGUACUGUAUAUGGGCUAUCUAUCCGCCAAUUAAAACGAAAAAGAUAACUUCCCUAUAAUCCAUGAGCGACAUCCGUUUUUCGUAACCUUAAAAACUAGAACUUUUGCCAAUUAUUUUAACAAGUUUUUCUCACCAGAUUCUCCUUUACAUUGCGCUAACAAUAUUUCCUUGUUAUACCGAAUUACACUGAUUCCGUUGAACUCUAAGUUUUUUCUUAUCUUGAGACAUCGGAUCAUUGUGCGCCUUUCUAUAUAAUUCAAUUAAGACAUGUCUUAGUUUAUACUGUAUGCAUUUUCCACGUACAAUAUCAAUAUAUACAACACCAAUGUUAACUUCUUCCGGGAAGUGUUUUAUACGGGGCCAAGUUCAAUCGUAAGCAUCUAAGCAUGUCCCCUAAAACAGAAAUAUGUCAAAAAUUAAACUCAUUUUAUGGUCAAGAAGGCGUUACAUAAAGGGCAAAUUCGGACCUGUCGCCGGUUUCUGUACUGGAGUGGACGGUCAUUCUGACCCUGGAAAAGAUCUUUUUAACCUUGUUUGGCUCAAAACGAAUGAUCAAAUUUAACAGUUCCCUCCUGUCUGGUUCCUAAAUACACCAUAUAUAAUAUUACCAGAACAUCACUAUUUCAUUGCAGUCACAAGUCUCUGCCUAAAGAAUUAGUGACGAGAGCCGUUCUUCAUUAAAACUCAAUAAAAUAAAAUAAAAAAGGUUAUUUUAUUUCUCACCCAACACAGUCGUUCAUCGUGUUGUUCUGGCCGACGGCGACGGACAAACCCUCUUAGCCUGUGUGUUCCUACAUUUCGAUUCAUUAUAUUAAUCCUCCAAUCCCGAUUCCCUCUUGGUUCUAUUGGUUCGGUCGGUUCUCUGUUCGCUCUCAGCUGUUCUUCCGUUGCUGCACCCUCCAAGGGGUGGUUGGCUCUUAGGCCACAGCAUACUUUCGGAGCCUGGUAGAUCUUGAUCACACAGUACAGAACAACGAGCAUCACGAUAAAUGAGACAACGCUUAACACCAAUUCGACCGUCAUCUUUUGGCUGGCUGUGUUUUGUUCCGUGUUCAGUGAAGCAGCAGCACGGUGAAGAAGAUAUAAAAAUUUUAAAGGAGUGACUUGGUGAUUUGUUUAAGAGUCAGAAUGUACUGCAUGAGAAGCCAGCAGAAAACUCAUAUAUUUGAUCUUGCGAUUUCUUUGCAGCACUUGUUUAUAUUAUUGACUUUGUGACCCUGCCUUUAAUACUUUUAGCGUACGUGGAUGAAAUCAACCACACGAGCCACACGCCACAAUGGGUAAUACUCCAACGGUCCUUAACCUUGUCUGGCCUCGGAGUAACCUCUAUUUCUGGGAAAGCCCCAUCGAACGCUGCUUUCAAGUUUUAGCAUGUCUGACCGGCGGUAUUGCGUCAUAAUUCAGCCGUUGUCAGGACAACUAAAGGUGAGCUGGUAUCGUUGCCUUUCCUGCUACGAAUCAAGCGUAACAUGCGGCAUAAUUCAGCCGUUGUCAGGACAACUAAAGGUGAGCUGGUAUCGUUGCCUUUCCUGCUACGAAUCAAGCGUAACAUGCGUCAUAACUCAGCCGUUGUCAGGACAACUAAAGGUGAGCUGGUAUCGUCGCCUUUCCUGCUACGAAUCAAGCGUAACAUGCGUCAUAACUCAGCCGUUGUCAGGGCAACUAAAGGUGAGCUGGUAUCGUCGCCUUUCCCGCUACGAAUCAAGCGUAACAUGCGGCAUAAUUCAGCCGUUGUCAGGACAACUAAAGGUGAGCUGGUAGCGUUGCCUUUCCUGCUACGAAUCAAGCGUAACAUGCGGCGUAACUCAGCCGUUAUCAGGGCAACCAAAACAAGUGAGCUGUUAUCGUUUCCUUUCCUACAACGAAUCAAGCGUAACGUAAACUGCUUCAAACAAAAUCCACUGGAGUCAAUAAACAGGAUCUAAUUUUGGAAACACGCGGCCUUCAUGUCCAAAAAUAACAUUUUCUCAAGCAAAGUGAAGAAUCCUCCACAACAUAAUCCAUUCGUAUUGAACGCUUUGGCUAGAAAGAAAAGAAACGGAGCAAACGCCGUAAAAGUUGUACAGGCCUAUUAUUUCAGACAACAACAAAAUUGUUGUCAAGACAGAUUUUAGAGACCUAUGUUUCGCUGUUCUACAGGCUUUACUUUAGAAAGAAGGUCUUUUAAAGGUCUGUCUCUCCUGUAGGAUUUAGAAGAGGUGCCUAAAGGAUUAGCCUCCCGUAGGUUGGGGGUGGAAGCGGAAUAUUGA